CUUUCUCUACAGUGAUCCCAUAUCGACUCCCCUUUAAGAGAUGUGGGAUGCGACGUGCGUCGUCCAACCCUGUCCGAGCACCCACACGGAGGGGAGGAGAUUUUAGAUGGACGCAGAGAUAGGCCAAAUAAAUAAACAAACGACAGUGCGAGGGGGGGUGGAGGAAGAAAAGGAAAUUCCCUUCUGUCUUUUUUCCUCUUCCCGAGCAUCUUUGCGCUGCGCAGUGUUGGCGACACCACCGGUGAGCGGUGCGCAUUUUCUGGGGAGUAGAGGAGCGCGUGUGAAGCGGCAUUUCUGAGCCGAAACGGACAGAGCUGAGAGGGGAGAAGAAACACCGCAAUCUGACAAGCGAAGGGACCAUUGCAGGUUCUUCUCUUAUUUUGAAAGCUUUUUUUAAUGCACUCACGCGGGUGGAAAAGCAGCCAAACCUGAUGCCUGCUCCAAACGGGAUAUUUGACCGACCCGAGGAGUGUUGAUUUACAUUCCGUCAUUUUCCAAAAUAAUACAUAUAUUUUUCACGAUCAGACGAGCCUUGCUUGUGCAGCAUUUUUCAUCGGCCCGUUUUAGAAACAGUUGCUGCCGGGUGAGAAAAUAGCUUUCAUUGCCAGCUGAGUGUUACAUAACCGAGUGGCUUUAGCUGUCCAAGGUGCUGAACCGAACGGUCGGAACCUAUACCGGGACGAGCCGUGGGGAAUUCACAACCUUGCAAGGUCACAGGCCUAUCGGUCGGGGAAGAGGAGAGCACGGGAUCCGCUCACUGAAACCACCAGGAAAGGGGCUGUAUUCAUUUUUUUUUUCACAUCGUCCCGUGGUGAGAUCUACAUUUUCCUGAGGAGGUCGAUUCAACGGAGAGAAAAUGUCGGGGCAGACGCUCACGGAUCGCAUUGCCGCUGCGCAAUACCAGCUAACGGGAUCAGAUAUGGCCCGGGCUGUCUGCAAAGCCACCACUCAUGAAGUGAUGGCGCCCAAGAAAAAGCACCUGGACUACCUGGUGUCAGCCACCAACACCACCAACGUGAACAUCCCUCAGAUGGCUGACACGCUGUUUGAGCGGUCCACCAACGCCAGCUGGGUGGUCGUCUUCAAGGCCCUCGUCACCACUCAUCACAUGUGUGUCCACGGCAACGAGAGGUUCAUUCAGUAUUUGGCUUCCAGGACCUCCCUGUUCAACCUCAGCAACUUUAUCGACAAAACCGGCUCACACGGCUAUGACAUGUCUACAUUCAUCAGACGGUAUGGACGAUACCUGAAUGAGAAAGCUUUCGCCUACCGCCAGAUGGCUUUUGACUUCACCAGAGUCAAGAAGGGUGCUGAGGGUGUGAUGAGGACCAUGACCACUGAGAAGCUGUUGAAAGGCAUGCCUGUUCUGCAGACUCAGAUUGACACACUGCUGGAAUUUGACGUUCAUCCCAAGGAGCUGAACAAUGGGAUCAUCAAUGCUGCAUUUAUGCUUCUCUUCAAGGACCUGGUCAAACUGUUUGCGUCCUACAACGACGGCAUCAUCAACCUAUUAGAGAAAUACUUUAAGAUGAAGAAGAGUGACUGUAAGGAGGCCUUGGAGAUCUACAAGAGGUUCUUGACCAGGGUGACAAAGAUUGGGGAAUUCAUGAAGCUGGCUGAGACAGUUGGAGUUGACAAAAAUGACAUUCCUGACAUCAACUACGCUCCCAGCAGUAUCCUGGAGUCUCUGGAAACGCACAUGAAUGGUCUGGAGGAUGCAAAGGGUGGAAAGAAGGGUGAAGGGUCUCCAACAAAGGGAUCUCCAACAAACAACGUGUCUCCCACAUCGACUCCAGCCAAAUCUUCAAACGCUGUUCCUACACUGCAGCCUCCUCCUGGGGAGAGUGCUGCCGCUGGUGGUUCAGCUGCUCCCGAGCCAGCCGAAGAUUCCUUGUUGGACCUGGAUCCACUGUCUUCCUCGGGUCCCUCAGCACCAUCAGCUGCCCCCACAUCUUGGGGAGACCUUCUUGGAUCAGAAAUGGGCGAUUCCUUGCUAUCUGAACCCACCCUCACGGCAGAGCCCGCCCCCUCCCCUGCAGCAGCAACGCCCACUCCUGCAGCGGCAGAACCCGGAGUCUCUCUAGCUCCUCCCACUAGCACAGCAGCUGCCACCUCCCCUGGUGCCGCCAAUAUGGAUCUGUUGGGAGAUGCCUUUGCAACACCUGCUCCUGCCACUGAGGCCUCUGCAGCAGCAGCUGAAGGUGGGGCUGCAGCUACGUCUGCCCCAGCCGCCAACGCUGGAGCUGAUCUCUUUGAUUCUAUGCCAGACACGAGCUUCACCAAAGCAGACCCCGCACCCAGUGUUGACUUGUUUACAGCAGAGUCCACAGGAGGAGAUGCCUCCGCUGCAGCUGCUCCCGCUGCCCCCGGUGCUGAGCUCAUGUCAGUAUUUGAUGGACUAGGGGAUGUAAUGAAGCCCACUGUGACCCCUCAGCCGGGUGAUGUUGACACCUCUAUGGCUAACAUGGCAAGUAAUCUCACAAUGGGAACUGCAGCGGCCCCUCAGGUAGCUCCCCCCAGUUGGGGUGCUCCCAUGCCCGGAGCACCAGGCGUUGGAGCUCCCAUGAUGCCGAUGGUGAGGCCAGGAUUCCCAGCAACCGGAGCGACCCCCGGAGCACCGAUGUCCCCUGGAGCGGCCCAGAGCCCCAGAAAGCCUCCACCACCAAGGAACGCUCUGGAUGACCUCAACAUUAAGGAUUUCAUGUAGACUGACUGACCCGUAAACUCCCAAGGUUUGUCAUUGUGUCUGGAGCUCCGUGGAUGUGGAUGUCUGCACUUCCCCACUGCCUCCCCUCAGUCAUGCCCCAGCCCCUCAGCCAACCAGCCAUCACAUUUAUGAUUGCCCUCUGACCUUCUUCCAGCCGCCACCCCUUAAAAAAAGACCCGCCCUCCUCCCUUAUCUAAUGUUGUAGCACAACUGUGAAUGUGAACCCUAGAUACAGAAAACAAAAUUCUGUUUAUGUAUGUGUGGGUGUGUGUGUAAUUCAGUGUUAACCUUUACUUAAUAUACUACUGAAAAAUGAACAAAAAAAUA